AUGGAGAUGUUAAAGGCGAAGCAAAUAGAAAUGCAAAAGAGAAAUCAAAUGGACGAUGCUCGCAUUCAAAAGGAUGAGAUCCGUGAAAAAGCAAUUCAAUCUUUGACCACCCAAAUGGGUCAACUCGCAACCGAAGUGGCGGACUUGAAAAAAGAUCCGGGUAACAAGAAUUUUAUUUCAAAACGGGGUCCUCAAAAAGAAGAAAUGUGGGAGAGGCAACAAAAAGUGCCUAAACGGGUCAAUUUAACUGAACGGGUAAGUGCGGUUUUAAAGGGAGAUCUUACUCCUAAGCUACAAGAUCCGGGAAUGCCCCUUAUUAAUAUUCAAGUUGGAAAUUUUCAAAUGGCAAGGGCGUUACUUGAUCUUGGAGCCGGAGUAAGUAUUCUACAAGGGGGCUUGUACGACCAAUACGAUUUUGGUCCACUGAAGCGGGUUCAGACAAUCGUUCUUUUAGUCGAUUUGUCUCAUAAGCUUCCUCGGGGUAUUGUGCAGGAUGUUAUUGUGAAAGUUGAUGAACUUUAUUAUCCGGUCGAUUUUCUUGUUUUAGACUACUCAUUCGCGGACCCAAUUCAACAACAAAAUGUUAUUUUGGGUCGGCCAGUUUUGAACACCGCUCAUGCCGUAAUUGAUUGUCGAUAUAGUACGGUUGACAUGGCAUUCGGUAAUAGAAAGAUGAGAUUAAAUGUUUUUACUCACGGGUCUAGUUCUUUUGGUGGUGAUGAGUGUUUCUUAGCAGAUAUCAUUGACGGAUGCGACCCGCAUGAAUACGAGGAAGAUAUGUUGGAACCGUGUGUCUAUGCUUGUUCUUUGCAGGUACAUAUGUGUGCAUUGAGGUUGGAAGAAAAGGAGCAAGAGGCUCUAGUGGUCAAGGAAGGAAGACCGCCAUGGACCCACCAAGUCGAGAAUUUACCGGUGGAGAUUGAUUCGGGUACAAAGCCUUCGUUAGAGUGUACACCACAAGUGGAGUUGAAGGAGUUACCAAAGCACUUGAAAUAUGCAUUUUUUGGGGGACAAUGA